GCCAUGAAUUUAAUGCAUUUCCGGUUUAAGCGUUGUUGUUGUUGUCGCCGCAGAAAUUAAGAAAUAUGGACAAAAGAUCAGGAAACGUACCUGGCUUACCUCCAGGAUGGUCAAGGGAAGAAUGUGUAAGACAGUGUGGUUUGUCGGCUGGAAAAACAGAUGUGUUCUAUAUAAGCCCAGAUGGAGUUAAAAUUAGAAGCAAGCCCCACUUAUCUCGUUACCUUGGUGAGGCAUUUGAUUUAAGUUCAUUUGACUUUAGGACAGGAAAAAUCAUCAGUAGUUCUCAUAGAAAAAGUAAGCGCCACAAAGGAUCAUCAUAUGACUAUGCCAGAGGGAUCAGACAGGACGCCAACCUUGCAUUGCCAAUUCGUCAGACAGCGUCAAUAUUUAAACAGCCUGUGACAGUGAUCAGGAACCAUCCCGACAGUGCAACUAAGUCAGAUCUCAAACAUGGCCCUCAAGAACCCCCACGACAGUUAUUUUGGGAGAAGAGACUUCAGGGCCUUCGAGCGUGUGACAGUACUGAAGAACUUAUUCAAAGCUUAGAACUACCUAAAACUGUUCUAGGGAUAGGACCAGAGUUGACAACAGAGAAUAUUCUACAGAGUAUAUCAGCAGCUCUUCAUCUUGGAGCUGUCCCUAUCAUAGGUCAGCAUAGUAACAAGAAUCUGGUACAGAAAAAUCCAGGUGUUCACAUGGAUGUUAACCAACCACAUAUUCAGCAACUUAUUGUAUCAGAUGAGGAUAUUAAGAAACAAGAGUCUAAAGUGAAUGAGGCUAGACGUAAACUACAAGAGGUGAUGAAAACAUGAAGAAUCCUAAACAGGCAGAUGAGCAAAGUGACGUGAUGUGCCACAUCAAAUUUUGACCUGGUGUAGCUUACCUUUGAGACAUAGGGAGAUGUGUAAUAGUGAACAUUUUGUACAGACAUAUUAUGUGAAUGUUAUACUUGUACAUACAUCAUGAUGUCAUAAAACAUGGUCUCAAACUCAUGUCUUCAUGUAGAAUGAUUUGUGAAUAGAAUGUCACAAGAAAAAAAAUUAUGGAUAUAAUUACUGAUCUAACAUCUUUUUUUGAAUGUAUUUAUUUGACCAUUUCAAGUUGAGUGUUAUAUUAUGUUAGGUAUAUUAGUUAGUGGUAAGUAAAUAUCUGUUAACGUAGUUAAAGUAUAAUCAUAAUUAUUAUUAAAACAAAAAAUCUUAUAACAACACUACAGUGUUUGUAAAACAUAAAAAUAAAAGAAUGUGAAUUGUAUUGAUAUUUUUAUGAUGAUGACAUUUACUUGGCUAUACUUUGUAAUAAAUGUGUAAAAAAUU